AUGUACUUCACCAACGUUUUCGUCGUUGCUCUCGCCGCUCAGGCUUUCUCCCGUGACGGUCGAGUUACCUCUUCCGGUGCUGGAAAGCUUGCAGCCUUGAUGGCUCUCGGUGCUGCUCCUGGAAGCGCUCUGCCCAUCUUCACUACCAUUGAAGUGCGAGAGCCUCACCACCAAGGUGGCCAGAACCAACAGGGCCAACAAGGAAACCAGGCUGCUCAGGCAAACCAGAACCAGAACGGCAACAACAACAACAACAACAAUGGCAACAACAAUGCAGCAGCGAACGAUGCGGGAUGUAACGCCAAGAGGGACGAAGAACUCGUUGCUCGCCAUCAUCAAGGUAACCAGGGAGGCAAUGGCAAGGCCAACGCCCAAGCCAAUAACAACUGCAAUGGCAACGGCAACAACAAGAGGGAGCUGGAGACCAGGCACCACCAGGGCGGACAGAACAACAAUGCUGCUGCCAAUGGAAACAACGGAAACAACAACGCUCAAAACAAUGGCCAGGACAACAACGGAAACAACGCCCAGAACAAUGCUCAGGCCAACAAUAGAAACAACAAUGCCCAGAACAACAACGCUGGAUGCAACAACAAGCGAGAUUUGGAAGCCCGACACCACCAAGGAGGUCAGAACAAGGGUGGCAAUGCCAACGCAGCCAAUGCUUGCAACAACUAA